UUCCAUUUCCUGUAGCGGAGAAUCACGGCAGUGUCACCAAAAAUGUUGCGCCACUUGCUACGCCACGAGAACAACAAAGUGUUUGUCCUGAUUCUACUGUACUGCGUCCUGGUCAGCAUACUGAAGCUGUGCACCGCUCAGGCUGACAACGCCGUGGCCCCACCGGAAAAUGACAUCACGCAUCUCGGCGAUGACUGCCAGGUGACGCCAGUAAUACAUGUGCUCCAGUAUCCUGGCUGCGUUCCAAAGCCGAUUCCAUCAUUCGCCUGUGUGGGUCGCUGCGCCAGUUACAUCCAGGUAUCGGGAAGCAAAAUCUGGCAGAUGGAGCGUUCCUGCAUGUGCUGCCAGGAAUCUGGCGAGCGCGAGGCAGCAGUCUCGCUCUUCUGUCCCAAGGUGAAGCCGGGCGAGCGGAAAUUCAAGAAGGUGCUGACCAAGGCGCCAUUGGAGUGCAUGUGCCGUCCGUGCACCUCCAUCGAGGAGUCUGGCAUUAUACCGCAAGAGAUAGCCGGCUAUUCGGACGAGGGUCCCCUCAACAAUCAUUUCCGACGCAUUGCACUGCAGUAGAGGUAGAGCACAUCACAAUCACAUUCAACUUUGCAUAGUAAAAUAUAAAAAUAAACUACAUUUGUCGCAGGUUCUUGUUAA